UGACGAAUGUGGUUGCAGAAGUGGCACGCCGCGAUAAUGCGGAACGCCACCACUGCUAAGGGGCUGGUGUCACACGGGUCAGUGCGGAACUUUUGAUCGUCUCCGGAUCACCCUCGCUGUUGGGACUUCCUGCAUUGGACCUUUUUGUUGCGAGACAUCCCAAAAUGCCGCAGAACAUGCCACCAGAUCGCCAUGUCUAGCCAAAAGUCCCCCAAGAGCCCGAAGAGCCCCAAAACUGGGUCAUCGCCUCAGUCGCGACAAUCCCCAGAGGGCAAUACGGAACAACCAUCGGAACUUGGAGAGCAGCCCGCAGAAACGCAGAUCCCAUUUGAUGAGGACGACGAUGCCGAUUCCGCCAUUGGCGACGAUGGACGAAGCGACGCAUCCUCGACCAUCUCCCUCUCGGAAAGCAUCUUCGAGUAUCGCAACAUCCACGGGCGGACCUUCCAGAACUCCAAGACGACCGAAUAUUGGGGCCCGAACGACGACAGACAGAACGAUGGCCUAGACAUAGCCCAUCACUGGGUCACCAUGCUCCUGGGCGACCGAUUCUUCGAAGCCCCGAUUGGCAGCUCGCCGUCCAAGAUCCUAGACGUUGGCACGGGGACGGGCAUCUGGGCCAUCGACGUGGCCGACGCGUACCCCUCGACCGAGGUCAUCGGCACCGACAUCAGCCCGAUCCAGCCGUCCUGGGUACCACCGAACUGCAUAUUCCACAUUGAGGACGCUCAACUCGAGUGGACCUAUCCUCCAGCGACCUUCGACUUCGUGCACAUGCGCGCCCUAUACGGCAGCAUCAGCGACUGGGGCGCGCUAUACCGUCAGGCGUACAAGGCCCUGGUGCCGGGCGGGUGGAUCGAGGACCUCGAGUUCACCAUCACGCUGUACAGCGACAUCCCCAGCGUCAGGGACGACCCGGACCACAUCUUCAAGCGAUGGGCCAGGGUGUUCUUCGAAGCGUCGGACCGCAUGGGCCGGACGUUGCGCAUCGGUAUGGACGGGACCAUGCGGACGCUGAUGCAGGAGGCGGGGUUCGUCGGCGUGGUCGAGAAGACGUACCAUGUGCCGUCUUGCGGGUGGAGCAGCGACCCCAAGAUGAGGAAAAUCGGCAUAUAUAAUCUUGCCUUCCUAGAGCAGAGCGCGGAGGGAUUCGCGCUGUUCCUGCUGAGGGAAAUCAUGGGCUGGGAGUACGCCGAGGUCCAGUUGUUUGUCAUGGAGAUGCGCAAGGCCAUCCGGGAUCCCAAGAUAAGGCCUUAUUAUGUCGUGACCAACGUUUUUGCCCAGAAACCUGCGACAGCGGAGUAGCACGAGUGGUUGUUGGGGCACGCCACAAGCGACUCGAUCGUCUAUCUUGUAUUUUGUUCACGGGAACUAGACACAAAUUGUGGAGUGGACAAGAGGAGGGUUUUUGCGAAGCACCUCACUAUUGCCUCUGUUGUACUUGGCCAUACGGCUUAGCCUACGCUACGCUGCAGUAAAUAGUCCACCGAGUGCCAAUCUGGGCCCCCAUUCUACUGCUAAGGAGCGACCUUGGGGAUAUAGGAGAUGAAGGAGAAUUCCAAACUUGAUAUGAAAAAUGGUUCACGCAACUCGUAGAAACAACGCUUGCUUGGGUGUCGAAAUCAAGACGUUCGAUCCAUUACCUGCACCCACAUAUCCGAAAUCGCGAAAAGCCCAAGGUAGUUCCGUGCCUUCCAGGGACGCGUCGGGUUGAUCAGCGCCAGGUCGAAGUUGCGCAUCAGCUGUGUCCAGGUCAGCAUAUCGACAACGAUGAAUGGG